AUGACACCCGAACAAGCCAGGGAAAAGAUGACCCAGCAGCUCGUGUUGCGCAAUGCUUCGAAUGCAAAGACCCAAUUGCCGACGCCACCGCAGACCCGCGUCUCGCAGGCUGUAUCCACUCCGCCGCAGGCCAGCCGCGUCUCGCAGACUGUCGCCACGCCGCAGCCGCUAUCUCGAUCGCCCCUCACACUACUACCGAACGCGACCAAUCAGCAGGUGCAACUCCACUUUGUACCGUCCAACAACUCAGCAUUCGGAUCGCCUUGGGACCAAUUUUCCGUGGCAUUUCUGAUCAAAGCCAUCCACUUCUAUGACCCCGAACAGCACGGGGACGACUCGAAGAGGACGAAAGCAUGGACUGCGGUUGCCAACGAGGUGCGGACAGCGCUUCAGACACAUGGACUUCCUCGUCGCAACGCGAAAGAAAUGAUGGCGCUGUGGCGCGAAUUGUCGUGGCACAGAGAGAACAUUGAAAUGUAUAAAGAUGAUCUCUGGGAACCGCACUUCGACAAGUACGAUCACGAAGUUGUCCGGAUGAUGGAUGAAGUCAUCCAAUCUCACAGGGACCGAAAGUAUGGUCGUUAUUCGCAACCAUUUUCUGUCGUACGUCAAAAGGCCCUAGCGGCCCGCGAAGAGAACCUAGCUUCACGCCGACAGCAGCAAGCGUUGCGUGACAGCAUAUCUAAGUGGUGUCCACCUCAGUUGACACCAACGAAGCAGGAUCAGACCACAACUACUCCAUCGCGCUCGGCGAGGCCGGAGACCAGCAACGAUUCCCCGUCCGAUGUGGUCGUGUACCGCAAGAGGCCCCGCGAAGCUGCCGAUGAAGGGAAGGAGACCUCGUCGGACGACCCUCCCGCUGAGGCUCAACAACAAAGCGAUGCGAUGCUGCGGACCAAAGAAGCGGAAGUGCGCGCCAUCGAAGACGCCAAUGUGCAGAGGGGCGAGAUGCUCAAGAUCAAAGAGAAGCAGAAAGACGUGCAGAAGGAGCAGCUGGAUGCGCAACAAGCCCAGCUGGAUAUGACCAAACAGUUGAUCAAGAUGGUCGAGGAAUUGAAGAAAGAGAUGCGCGAUCUCAGGAACGAUGUAGAUCAUGCUCAAGGUCAGAUGGCCGAGGGUUUCAAGGAAAAGCUCCGCGAUCUCAGGCACGAGGUAAGCCACACCCAAGGACAGAUGGCGUUCAUGGCUUCGAUGGUCCCGGCCAUGAUCUCGGGGGGUGGCAUGGCGGGUCGCGUCCCGCAGCCUUUGGCGAGAGCAACACCGUGGCGGGGAAAAUCUCCGGACCCUGAAGAAUAUUGCGCCCCGACCGCCGAGUCGAGCACAGAAGCUGCAGAGUCGCCUUCCUCCUCGAAAACGCCGGGCUCACCACCAGCGCGUCGGGCGACGCGCGCCUCCACCGCCGCCAAGUGA